AUGGGAAAACAUUUAUCAACUAACAGGGGGCGCAAAACUAUCGGUACAUCAUUAGAAUUUAAGGUUGUACAAAAUGUACAAGACGAGACGGAACCUUUAAAAUAUUACCUACCGAAUUCUAUAAAGGACACGGAUAUAAUGGUUAUGUCACAUUUUUUUAAUCGAUAUCUUUUUCAAUGCAAUUUUAAAUCUCCGAUUGAAGAAAAAUUGACUAGCGGACAAUGUAAAGUCUUAGAUGUAUGCUGCGGGUCGGGAACUUGGUUAUUAGACAUGGCUUCAUCUUAUGGUUCAUCGAAUUUCUUUGGAAUUGAUUUGUGCCCUGUAUUCCCGACAGAAAUUAAACCGGCAAAUGUGCAAUUUAUACAAGGCGAUGUAUUGGAUGGACUUCCAUUCGAUGAUAAUACAUUUGAUUUCGUUCAUCAAAAACAUAUGGUAGAUGUAUAUACAUUGGAUCAAUGGCAUUUUGCUAUAACGGAAAUAAUUAGAGUGUGUAAGCCAGGCGGAUACGUAGAAUUCGCUGAACCAGAAUUAGCAACUAACGCUGGCCCAAUACUUUCAAAGUUCUACGAUGCAUUGGUCGAAUUAAGCGAAUCCCGUAAUGUGAAAAUGCGAAUGUAUGAUAAUCUUAUUAAAAUCUUGAACUCAACAACAUCAGUGAAAAAUGUUAAAUAUAAAAAAGCAAAGAUUUCAUUGGGUUCAGGAUUCCUUGGCAAUGAAUUUUUGGAGAUACAUCAUGAAUUUUUUUUAAAGGCCAUGCCCGAAACUUUGUCAAAAUUUAUGGGGCUUUCGGAAGGAGACUAUAUAGAAUUAUUUAAAAAAGCCAAAAGUGAAGUCGAGAAUGGUAUGUCACCUGAUUGUGAACUCUACAGAAUAUGGUGUCAAAAGCUGUAG